CAAACCACCAUCGUCAUUAUUUCUUAAACGAUUUGUUCGAGUCCAAGGCUGCGAAUCAGCCAAACAGGAUUGAGGCACUCUACUUCACUAUAGCCUAAUAAUGCCACCAAAGAAAAAAGACAAGACCAAAUCAACAGACUGGCUGCAAUGUUCUCUAUGUGACAAGCUGGUUAGUCCCUUAGAUGCUGAAGUUCAUUCAAAAUCAUGUGAUGCUGACCAUGGAUUCAUUAGAAGAAAAAUACUUUACGGAAAGGCAAUUAAUGUUGAUGGCUUACUACUUAAGGAUGGCUCUCUGGUGACCAAAAAUGUUCGAAAUAAAGAGAACAUUGUCUGGUUUGCCAUCCCAACUAUGCAGGUCUGUAGCUUGUCCAUCGGUCAGCCGUGCAUUCUCAAUGGAAAAGUCGUUAAACUCAGCUGGCCAAACCCAUCCCAGGCUUUAGCAAGUGUUGCCAUGUCACAACGCUGCAUGGAGGAACUGAAGGUGGGGGAGGGAGAUACAGUCACAGUGGAAAGGUUUUUUGAUGAAGGCAACGUUGCACUGUCAGCCACGUUAACUAUGGAUGAAUCAAAUCCUCUUUUCUACACAGAAAACUUCUGCUCUUUUGUGUCAUCUUAUUUGGGUGGAAAAUAUAUCUGUGAUGGGAUGCCACUCACCGUACGAUAUUUUGGCAACGUUUGCUCGUGUGUCGUCAACAAGGUUGAGUACACACCUCGGACCCCCAGGUUAGCGUCACACCUGACUACACCUGAUUCUUCCGGUCAGACACCAAAACCUGCAGCUGAACUGGACCUGUCGCUGAGUUCUUUAGACAGCCCUGUUAAAGCCAUCACCCCACUUGGUGUGUCUGAUGAUGGCGACACUUCUUUCAAUUGCACGCACGACUUGUCGCAGUCGUUGGCUUCUCUCAACAUCUCAGUGUCAUCUAUAGAAUCCUCGUCCACGCCCCCUACGCCUGUCAGACCGUAUUACCCAACCCUGGUCACCCCCGUCAGGAGUAUACAGCAGGCGGACCACAGUCCCCAGUCAAACGUGUUUGCUAAAGUGUUAUCUGGUAGUACAAGUUUCUCUGUGGCACCACUGGCCCUUGAUCCACAGGGUAGAAACAACAAAGAGGCUUUUUCACUUGAGGAUAUAGGAGGUCUCUCCUCCCACAUUGAAGAGCUCAGAUCUAGAAUACAUCGAGCCCAGCAAGCCAGUAGCUCAAGCUGUUGUGUCCUGAUACACGGCCCCGCUGGUACAGGUAAAACAAUGCUGGUCAAGGCGCUAACAGCUCAGCUGGGCGUCUACACUGAACAUUUGACUGGCACUGAUAUCUGGAGCAAAAUGUUUGGAGAAGCUGAAUCAAAUUUAAAGAAAAUUUUUAAGACAGCACAAGACAGAGCCCCCAGUAUUGUUGUCAUUGAUGAUAUUGAUGUGCUUUGCCCCAAGCGCUCACAAAACCAGACAGGCCAACAAGAGCACAGGAUUGUGGGAACUUUAAUUUCUCUAAUUGAUGGGUUAUCAUUGGCGAAAAACAACUCCAUGACUGUGGUCAUUGGAGUGACCAGUAAAAAAGAUGACCUUGACCCUGCCUUGAGAAGAGCUGGUAGGUUUGGCUGUGAGAUCGAGGUUGGAGUUCCGACUGCAUUACAGAGAAAAGAGAUUCUCAAUGUCCUGCUGAGUAAAAUACCAAACAAUGUGAGCUCUGAGGAUAUGGAGACAAUAGCACUGAAUGCUCAUGGAUUUGUUGGUGCUGAUCUUGCAGCUUUAGUUAAUGAAGCAUGUCUUCAAGCAGCAGGUCGUGAUGUCAUAGGUCAGGAAGUCACGGGUCAUGAUAGGAGCUCUUCAGCUUUUUGCUUGCGUUUUCCUGAUUUAGUUACAGCAGCUUCUCAAAUAAAACCAAGUGCUUUAAGAGAAAUCCAACUGGAAGUUACUCAAGUCAGAUGGUCAGAUAUUGGAGGCAUGUCGGAGGUGAAGAUGAGGCUGCGUGAGGCGGUUGAGCUGCCGUUGAGCAACCCUGAGAUUUUUAAAAGACUUGGUAUCCAACCCCCUCGUGGGCUGUUGAUGUACGGCCCGCCCGGCUGCUCUAAGACAAUGGUGGCCAGAGCUUUGGCCACAGAGUGUAAACUCAACUUCCUGGCUGUGAAGGGACCUGAGCUGUUUAAUCAGUAUGUUGGGGAGUCAGAAAAAGCCGUCCGUGAAAUAUUCCGCAAGGCCAGGUCCGCAGCGCCCUCUAUAAUCUUCUUUGAUGAGAUUGAUGCCAUAGCAUCCAAAAGAGGGAGCAAUGCACAUGGUGGUGGUGUAGAUGAUAGAGUACUCACCCAACUGCUUACUGAGAUGGAUGGUCUGGAGUUUCUCAAAGAUGUUUUUAUAGUGGCUGCUACUAACCGGCCAGAUAAAAUUGACAGGGCUUUACUACGGCCAGGCAGAUUUGACAGUUUGGUUUACGUUCCACUGCCUGAUGAUGAAACACGUAAAGAAAUUUUAGAGAAAAAACUGAAGAAGAUGUCUGUAGGGGAAGAUGUGGACAUCAACUUACUGGUGGAGGAGACCCAAGAUUACUCGGGGGCCGAGAUCAUACAGGUGUGUCAGGAGGCGGCCAUGUUGGCACUGAGAGAAGACUUGAACGCCCAGUGUGUCCUGGCCAGACACUUUAGCUCAGCUCUACACAAGGUCCAGCCUCAGAUAGACCCAGAUUUAAUACAAAUUUAUCAGAAAUUUGCUUUCUCAAAAAUAAAAUAA